GCCGCCCGCCCCGGCACCGGCACCGCAGCAUCCCGGACGUGCUUCUGCCGCUGUCGGCCCCGGGGCUGCUUCGCCGGGGGCUCGCCCUGUGCAGGGCCCCGCCGGGACCCUAUCGGCGCGGCCUCUGCGAGAGACACCGCUCGCCGACAGCCAUGGACGGGGACAGGGUGGACAUAGACGGCGGGAUCAUGGAGGGGGGCGGGCAGAUCCUGCGGGUGUCCACGGCGCUGAGCUGCCUGCUGGGGCUGCCGCUGCGGGUGCGCCGGAUCCGCGCCGGGCGGAACCAGCCCGGCCUCAGGCCUCAGCAUCUGUCUGGAUUGGAGAUUGUUCGCGAUCUAUGUGAUGGGAAGCUGAAUGGUGGAGAAAUUGGCUCAACAGAAAUAACCUUCACUCCUGGGAAGAUCAAAGGUGGAACCCACAUAGCAGAUACAAAAACAGCAGGGAGCGUGUGUCUACUGAUGCAGGUAGCAAUGCCCUGUGUGCUGUUUGCUGCUUCCCCAUCAGAGCUUCAUUUAAAAGGUGGGACUAAUGCUGAGAUGGCUCCUCAGAUAGACUACACAGUCAUGGUUUUUAAGCCAAUAAUUGAAAAGUUCAACUUCACAUUUAACUGUGACAUAAAAAAGAGGGGCUACUAUCCUCAGGGAGGUGGUGAAGUUGUGGUCCGGAUGUCUCCAGUCAAAGAGUUGAGCCCGAUAAACUUAACAGAACGUGGCACAGUGACAAAGAUAUAUGGAAGAGCAUUUGUUGCUGGAGCACUGCCUAUCAAACUGGCAAAAGACAUGUCAUCAGCAGCAGUGAGAUGCAUCAGAAAAGAAAUCAGAGAUCUUUACAUUAACAUUCAGCCUGUUCGAGAACCUGAUGAUCAAGCUGUUGGGACUGGAAGUGGAAUAAUCAUUGUUGCAGAGACUUCAACAGGUUGUUUGUUAGCUGGGUCAUCACUUGGCAAGAGAGGAAAGAAUUCUGACAAGGUUGGCAUUGAAGCAGCUGAGAUGCUGCUGAAGAAUCUUAAACACGGUGGAACUGUGGAUGAUUCUCUGCAAGACCAGCUGAUCAUUUUUAUGGCUCUAGCAAAGGGAGUGUCUAGAGUGAAAAGUGGACCAAUUACACUUCAUACUCAAACAGCUAUACACUUUGCAGAGCAGCUAACAAAGGCCAAAUUUACUGUGACAAAAUCAGAAGAUGAAGAUCCCAGUAAUGAUACCUACAUCAUUGAGUGCCAAGGAGUGGGGAUGAUAAACCCAAACUUAUAGGGUUAAACAAAAAAGGCAGCAAGCUGACAAAGGAAACACUCAACAUACCUCAGUGAUGUAUCUGCAUCACUACAUCUCAAUGGAUGUAUAAUCUGUGUGAACAGGAGAAACCUUCUGUCACAUCAGAGUGAUUUAACUUCAAGGAUGGUGUCAAGCUUUUCCUUUUUUUUUUUUACUAUUAGCAGCAAAAUGAGUAACAAUAGGGCAGGAAAUAGAAUAUAUUGUAUGUAUGUGAGAGCUUCACUUAGAAGCUUUGAAAAUCCAGCUUCACCAAAGUAGAUCAAAACUGUUUUAGUUUUGAAAAACUACUAUCAGUAUUUCUUUGACUUUUGAAAAAUGUAAGUUUUAUUUUCUGGAAACCUUUAUGUUAUGAGGUAUAAGGAAUGAAGUGCACCAUCAAAUCUGUAUCGCUGUUCUUCGUUAGACAUUUUGCUUAAAUUGUGUGUGAGGAAUAUUAAAGCAAUAUCACCCUA